AUGGCUGCGUCCACAGUGCGGCGCUUGUGGCCUCUGGUGGCUGCUCGGAGCCUGCGGCUCCGGGGAGGCUGCGUUUGCAACCAGAGCCCAAGGAGAAGUUUCGCUACGGAGAGACGAGACAGGAACCUCCUGUACGAGCACGCGCGUGAGGGCUACAGCGCGCUCCCUCAGCUGGACAUGGAGCCGCUGUGCGCAUACCCGGAAGAGGCCGCGCGCACCCUGGAGCUCCGCAAGGGGGAGCUGCGGUCGGAGGAUCUGCCUGCGAUCAUCGCGACAUGGCAGGAGCUGAGGCAGCUGCGGGAGCAGAUCCGGAGCCUGGAGGAAGAGAAGGGGGCCGUGGCUGAGGCAGUGCGGGCCCUGCUGGUAAACCAGGACAACAAUCAAGUGCAGCAGGACCCCCAAUAUGAGAGUCUGCGGGCACGUGGCCGGGAGAUCCGGAAGCAGCUCAUGCUCCUGUACCCCAAGGAGGCACAACUCGAGGAGCAGUUCUACCUGCGGGCGCUGAGGCUGCCCAACCAGACCCACCCAGAUGUGCCCGUCGGGGACGAAAGCCAGGCCCGAGUGCUCCAUGUGGUUGGAGACAAGCCAGCUUUCUCCUUCCAACCCCGGGGCCACCUGGAAAUAGCUGAGAAACUCGACAUCAUCCGUCAGAAGCGUCUGUCCCACGUGUCUGGCCACCGCUCCUAUUACCUGCGCGGGGCUGGGGCCCUCCUGCAGCACGGCCUGGUCAACUUCACACUCAACAAGCUCGUCCACCGGGGCUUCACCCCCAUGACGGUGCCAGACCUUCUCCGAGGAGCUGUGUUUGAAGGCUGUGGGAUGACACCAAAUGCCAAACCAUCCCAAAUUUACAACAUCGACCCCUCCCGCUUUGAAGACCUCAACCUGGCCGGGACAGCAGAGGUGGGACUUGCAGGCUACUUCAUGGACCACUCCGUGGCCUUCAGGGACCUGCCAAUCAGGAUGGUUUGUUCCAGCACCUGCUACCGGGCGGAAACAGACACGGGGAAGGAGCCGUGGGGGCUGUAUCGAGUGCACCACUUCACCAAGGUGGAGAUGUUUGGGGUGACAGGCCCUGGGCUGGAGCAGAGCUCGCAGCUGCUGGAGGAGUUCCUGUCCCUUCAGAUGGAGAUCUUGACAGAGCUGGGCUUGCACUUCCGGGUCCUGGACAUGCCCACCCAGGAGCUGGGCCUGCCCGCCUACCGCAAGUUUGACAUUGAGGCCUGGAUGCCGGGCCGAGGCCGCUUUGGCGAGCCCACCCCACCCCCGUGCCCAGGUCACCAGUGCUUCCAACUGCACGGACUUCCAGAGCCGCCGCCUCCACGUCAUGGUCCAGACGGAGGCUGGGGAGCUGCAGUUCGCCCACACGGUGAACGCCACAGCCUGUGCUGUCCCCCGCCUCCUCAUCGCCCUCCUGGAGAGCAAUCAGCAAAAGGACGGCUCGGUGCUCGUGCCCCCUGUCCUCCAGCCCUACCUCAGCACCGAUCGGAUCACGACCCCCACCCACGUGCCUCUCCAGUACAUCGGCCCCAACCAGCCCCAGAAGCCCAGGCUCCCGGGCCAGCCUGCCUCGAGCUGAGGACUCAUCCUCAUUGGCCACUCCAGGUGGGGUCCAGGAAGCAGCCCAAACUCGGUGAAGCCAGAACUCGCUCCUCCCGUAUGGCCCCUGUCUCAGUACCUGGAACUGCUCUCCCAGCUCCUCAGGCCGCAGCCCUGAGAGUCAUCCUCGACUGUUCUCUCCUCUCCACAUCCACAUCCCGUCCUUCAGCAAACCCUGGCGGCUCCUCCUUCAAAAUAUUUCCAGAACCUGCCUUUGCCCUCUCAUCCCUGGCCCCCCGCUGGGCCUGUCCACUGCUAUCUCCCAUUUGGAGAGUCGCGGCAGUCUCUUGGCCGUCUUCCUGCUCCCUGUCCCCCACACAAAGCCAGAGGGACCCUGUGGACACCUGCGUUGGGUCACAUCCCUCCCUGCUCAGAGCCCUCGUGUGGCUCCAUCUCAGGGGAAAGGACAAGCUGUCACCAUGGUCCACGGGGCCCCACGUGACCUGCCCCCCACCUUCCUCUUCAACCAGCCUCUUCCCUGUCGUGCUCUGGCCACCCCCCAACCUGCCUUGCUGUUCUCACUCUCAGACUUAUUCCCAACUCAGGCCUCUGCACUUGCUAGACCGCUCCCUGGCUACUCUUCCCCUAGAUCUUGUGUGAUUGCUUGCAUUUUGUCACUCAGGCCUUAGCCCAGAUGUCACCUCCUCCGAGAGGACUUCCCUGACCAGCCUGGCCAAAGUAAAAACCCCAGCACUCAGCAUCUACGCCACUGUGCUGUGAUGCACCGCAGCCUCCUUCCUUGAGUAUUGUCUGUUUCCCCCUUCUCAAAUGUCUGCUCCAAGAGGCCAGGGAAGUUCUUGUUUUUUGUUUUUUGUUUUUAACAUCUUUAUUGG